AGCUUUUGUUGCCCUUUGCUACUGCAAGUUCUGGAUUUGCCAAGGUUCUCUCUUUCCCCUCUGGUACUUGUGUUUCUGAAGCAGUAGAUUGCAGGUAUAGAAAAGCAUAUGAGAAGCGGAGGUUUCAAGGAAUCUCAGGUGAUAACAGAGAAGGGGUAAAGUACAUUGUGUUUAUAGGGAAGUGUGUUGCUUUCAACAGGUCAUUGGCAGACACUUGCUCUCCACUCCCCUCUCUGCCUCCCUCCCAGGAAAGAGAGCCCUUUGCUGGUCUUACCUUGGACAAGCACAGACAGGAUGAAAACACCAACCUGCCGCUACACACUCCUGCCCAGCCUAGGAGAGGAAAAUUUUCCUCUUGAACCUGAGGUAGUUGCUGAACAGGAGAACCCAGCCUGUACAGCUACAGAUGCUCCAGCCUUAUGCACAGAAGACUUUCACGAAUUGGUGCUGAAUGAAAAGAGCAACAUUGUGCGCUUAGAAGAAAUACAGAAGCUUGCUGCACACUUCCCCCUGAGAGUAACUGAACAUCCAUGGAACCUCAUCUACUUUACAACAAGGGAUGGAUUUAGCCUAAAGACCUUGUAUCGAAGCAUGACUGACUUGGUCUCUCCUAUAUUGCUGGUCAUUAGAGACACUGAUGGUCAGAUAUUUGGGGCCUUUUCUUCUACAGCCAUCCAUCUCAGCAGCUGCUUUUAUGGAAAUGGAGAAAUGUUUUUAUUCUCCUUGACUCCAGAACUGAAGGUAUUUAAAUGGACUGGCAAAAACACCUUCUUUAUGAAAGGAGAUGCUGAUUCACUGGCAAUUGGAGGAGGCAGUGGAAAAUUUGGAUUAUGGCUAGAUGGAGAUCUGAACCAUGGAGGAAGCCAUCCCUGUGAGACAUUCAAUAAUGAAGCAUUAUCCCCCAGAGAGGAAUUCCUCAUCCAAGACUUGGAAGUUUGGGCUCUGGCUUAACCAGAAAAAUGAAGUUCCUCCCUGCAAGAACAUUACAACAUAAGAAUAGAAUGAGGAGGAGAGCAAUGGAGAGACAAUUCCAUACAGUGGAGUCGGAAGAGAGGAAGAAUUGGCAGGGCAGUGGAUCAUGUCCAGUGUUUAAAUGUGUCCAGGAUUAACAAAUCCACACAACCACUUUUGAACACUUUUUAAAAUUUAUGCAAUUCUUCUAUAGGUUAUCAUUAAAAGGGGCUUAAAGAAGAAUAGGAAAAAAUCCAGAAAUUAAACGAGUUAAUUCUCAACAAU